AUGUUCCCAAAUGAAUCGUGUGCUUGUGUUGCAGGGUAUCUGUUACAGCCUCAAGUGCCGCUCGCCACACCGCCCGACCUUCUACUACGCAGGGCCAGCCCUGGAGGGCACAACGUGCGGGCCAGGCAAGGUUGGUUGAAACCGUCAACAGCAGAUACCUGCCAGGGGCAGGGUUGCAUGAGUCGCAAUAUAGUAGUGAGAUGUGUGCACCGUGUCCGCGCUCAGCUGUGCCAGGGCGGGCAGUGCGUGGCGGGGAAGCCCAAGAGCCCGGCCAAGGAGGUGGCGGGCGGCUGGGGGCCCUGGAAGGAGGAGGCGUGCGCGUCGGGCUGCCUGGUGAAGUCGCGCGGCUACCAGGCGCGGCGCCGCGCCUGCGACAACCCGCCGCCGGCGCACAACGCGCGCGGCUGCGACGGCAGCCCCGUCGACGUGGCGCUGUGCAGCGACGACAAGCUGUGCAAGAAGAAGAAAAGGAAGUCGGCUGUGGAGUACGCCGGCAGCGCAUGCGCACAGUUUGCCAAGCUGCUUCCCGAGCUGGACGCUGGGGGCGCUGGUCUGCAGGCGCCGCACGAGGAAGGGCGUCCGUGGGUGGCGUGCUCGGUGUUCUGCAAGCGCAAGGACACGGGCCUCUUCUACACGCCGCGCCUCGACCUCAACGACAUGGGCGUGGACGCGCACUUCCCCGAUGGCACAAGCAAUGAAUAUCUUAAAGAAUCUGAAGAACUGAUGAAACAAAGAUAA